CUCAGCGGAGCAACUAAAAAAUCGAACUUGGCAAGUGCGGUUGAUUGCUUGCUUCCCUGGAGCUCACUCGAACCAACAAAACGGCGCAAGGAUUAUUCAUUAGUCGUGCAUCCCCCAAAAGCCGGUGUCACGACUUCUUCUUUUGUCAUUUGACCGGGUCCCAUCCCCAUCCCUUUCGGUAACCAUGGCCGCUCACGCUAAACUCGACAUCCGGCCAACGGUGGCUGAGGCCCAGAGCCUGUUCGAGGAGACAAAGACGUCGAGUCCGAAGCCGACACUGCUCCCCGUGUGUAUUACGGUGCCUUCCGAUCUGUUGACACCUUCGGCGACCUACUUGAAGCUCUCAAAUGGCGCCACCGCCGAGUACUCAUUCCUACUGGAGAGCGCCACGGGGAGCACCGAAACAGUCGGGAGGUAUAGCUUCAUCGGAGCCAACCCAAGGAAGAUCAUAGCGACCGGUCCCGGCUACGAAGAUGUGGGGGACCCGCUUCGCGCCCUUGAGGCCCAACUCGGCCAGGACAGGGUGAUCAGCAUCCCGUCCCUCAAGCUCCCUAACCUGACGGGCGGCGCCGUCGGUUAUGUCUCGUAUGACUGCAUCAAGUACUUUGAGCCAAAGACGGCCCGCGCCCUCGAGGACAACCUUCACAUUCCAGAAGCCCUGUUCAUGCUGUUCGACACCAUCGUGACGUUCGACCACUUCUUCCAGGUCCUCAUCAUCACCACCCACAUGCGCCUCCCGGAGGACCUCUCUGGAUUCCAAUCCGCCUACGACGACGCGUGCAACACCAUCCGCUCCACCCUCGCUCUCAUCCAUCAGCCCGAGACCCCGCUUCCGCCCCAAAGCCCCGCCGACCCGGCCACGUCCCAGCAAUACGCCUCCAACGUUGGCCGCCACGGCUACGAGUCGUUCGUCACCUCGCUCAAAUCCCACAUCGUCAAGGGCGACAUCAUCCAGGCCGUGCCCUCACAGCGCUUCUCGCGCGGCACCGCCCUGCACCCCUUCAACAUCUACCGCACCCUGCGCACGCUCAACCCGUCCCCCUACCUCUUCUUCCUGAGCUGCGCCGACUUCCACAUCGUGGGCGCGUCGCCCGAGUGCCUCGUCAAGACGGACGGCUACGCACCACUGCCCGUGGACACGCGUUUCGCCUACUCGGCGGCCGAACAAGCCCGCUCGCGACCCCGCAUCGUCAACCACGCCAUCGCCGGCACGAUCCGCCGCGGCCUUAACCCGGCCGAGGACGACGAGCUGGCGGCCGAGCUGCAGGCGAGCACCAAGGACCGCGCCGAGCACGUGAUGCUAGUCGACCUGGCGCGCAACGACGUCAACCGGGUCUGCCACCCGUCCACCGUCAAGGUCGACCGGCUCAUGCGCAUCGACCGCUUCAGCCACGUGCAGCACCUCACCAGCGAGGUCUCCGGCCUGCUCCGCCCGGAGUGCACCCGCUGGGACGCCAUGCGCAGCAUCUUCCCCGCCGGCACCGUGUCGGGCGCGCCCAAGAUCAAGGCCAUGGAGCUCAUCUACGACCUCGAGGCCGAGAAGCGCGGCAUCUACGCCGGCGCCACCGGCUGGUUCGCCUACGACGUCGUGCGCGUCCAGACCGACAAGGCCUCGGGCGCCCGCACGGUGGUCGUCGACGAGGGCCAGAUGGACACGUGCAUCGCCAUCCGCACCAUGCUGGUCAAAGACAAGGUCGCCUACCUGCAGGCCGGCGGCGGGAUCGUGUUUGAUAGCGAGAAGACGGAGGAGUGGAUGGAGACCAUGAACAAGCUCGCCGCGAACCUGCGCUGUGUCGAGCUUGCGGAGCAGUAUUAUGGUGCGGGCGACCGGCCCGCGACGAAGUCGGUGCAGGAGAUCAUUGAGGAGGAGAGGCGUAAGGGGGAUGAGGCGUACCGGUUGCAGACGACGGGCGCGGGGGCGUAGGUGGUGAUGAGGGGCUGGGGUGAGUGAGGUGGAGAGUGGGAGUUGGGUUCUUUGGUAAGUGAGGUUUGAGUUUUGUUCUUUGCAUAGGUAGAGGAAAUGCCUGAUCACGACCAUAUGAAGCUUGAUGAAAUUGUUUUCCGAUAGUGUACAGCUACGACGAAAUUGAUUGUUCC